CAAAAUGGAAAACGAAGAACACUCAAAGGCUGACCAAAACUCGCCUGGAAAAGUUAGUCAGCCUACCCAGGAGGCACAAGACCUUCAAAUCUUUGAGAAAUAUGAGAGCAUGUCCAAAGCCAUGCUAAAAAAUCAGCCUAAAAGUCCUGUCAACCAGAUAAGCUUUGGAAAUUUAAUGGAUGAAAAUAAAUCAGAGCCAAACAAGACGAGAUCUAUCGAUAAUACCUACAUUGGUAAAAUAUAUGACUUGAAAAGUUUGAGAAAAGAGCGAAAAAUUAAGCAAAACAACACUAAUGAAAAUAAAAAGAAGAGAAAGAACAAUACUAAGCUAAGCCAAUUUCUUUCACCCAUUGCUAAGAGUCCUCAGAAGGUUGAUUUUGGUACCUCAGCCAGCUUCAGGGCUCUUGCUGAGUCCUCUAAAUAAAGAAAAUCAACGAUAUAAACAGGAUGAUUCUCCUAAAAAGGAAACCCCUGAGGCAGAUAACGCAAAGUGGGAAGAAAAACUCAGGAUUACCGUCGAUAAAUAUGAGACAAUGCUUAGGUCGAUUAAUCAAGGUUUCAAAGACCUCAUGCUGACUAACGAGAAUCUUGAGUUACAGCUACAACUUUCUAAACGGGUCCAAACCAGAACAAAUGAACCUGGUGAAUCAGUUGAGGUAAUCAAGCAAGCUUUCAUGAAGCAACAGUUGGAGCAUGACAGUGCACAGGAGAGACUCCAAAUGGAGCAUCAAAAAUUCCAAUCAGAAAAGGAAGAGCUGCUACUUAAACUUCAUACAUCAAACUCUAAGAUUGCUUUACUAGAGCGAGAAAUGAAUGACCAUGAGCAACUAAACCAAAGUCAUGAUGCCCUUAAGAGAAAUUACACAAGUCAAGAGAAUCUUUAUAAGACUGAAAAUAUGAACUUGAGAAUCAAAGUGGAUGAACUAGCUUCUAAACUAGCUGAAUUAGAAAGAACUAGUAAACAAAAAGAAGAGGCUCUCUUUGAUCUCUCCAGAGAGCUUGAAACAUGCAAGAACUCGCUUAAUAACUAUGAGCAUUCAGAGAGCCAGUACAAAAGAGAAGUCAUGAACUUAGUCCAGGAUAAAAAUGAGUUAGAAAAUCAGAUCCAAGAUUACCAAAUGUCAAUCAAAGUUCUUGAGACUUCUAGUUCUCAAGCUAGUGAUAGAUUAAUGGUUCUUCAGAGGGAAAAUGAGAUGUUACAGAACAGUCUUACUUAUAGCAAACAGAAUGACCAACGGAUUCUAAAAGACCUUCAGAUGUAUAAAAGUAGACUUGCUUCAGCUGAAGAGAGAAACAAGACUUUAGAUAUGGAUAUGCUUAGACUUCAGCAGAAGAUAAAGUACUUACAGGACGAAAAUACUCAUCUCCAAAGAAUGCUUGAAGAAACAGGGGAUGAAAGUGAAGAAACUCACAUGAUCCGUCAAAAAGAAAUGGAGCUUCAGCAGCUUAUUCAACAACAUAAGAUUCGUAAGGCCAGUAAGGAAAGAGAAGGGAAAUUCAGGGAUUCUCAAAUAUACAGCCCUCCUAUCUACCAACCCAAUGCUAGCCAGACUCAUUUGCCUAAAGACACAAGGCCAGAUCACCAAGGUGUUUUAGAUUCCUUGACUCCAGCAAGCCUGAAUGUCUCAUUCCUAAGUGCAAAACCUGAUGCUAACAUACCACAGGUGGUAUCCCUUCCAAACCAGAAGGUGCAGGAAGCCACCUCUUUUGAAAUUGCUAAGGAUGAUCCCUUCUGGAAGAAUAGAGAUAUCAUACAGCGAGAAAUGAAUAUUAAAAAGGAAGGGAUAAUGAAAGAUUUCCUCCAAAAUAGUGCCCAAAGGGGCAGGAGAAAGGAACGAAUAGACCCGUCUAAGAUGGAACCUGCUGGCAAAAAGAGUCUUGAGAGGCCAACCUCUUUGAAAUUUCAAGGAUAAAGAAGCACAUUA